AAAAAGAAGUCCGCGCUUUCUCGCCACAAACUCCCAAGCCGUCCUUAUUAAUUCCCGGGACACUCCACCACGCUUCUCCGUUCAGAACGAGGGCAGGAUCACGAUAACGGAAGAUGGAGCGUUUCCUAGCGAGCGAGGUUUCGUGUUCGAGCUCGAGUUCGAGUCCGGCGACGAUGCAAGCGACCCGCGAUCCGCCGCGCUCCGACGGCGAGCGCGCGGAGAUCCAGGGCAAGACGGGCGGAGAUUCGACAGAGAAGGUCGGGACCGGCGUGUCCCGCCGCGGGGGCGAAGACCCAGAAGAGCCCGGAGCGGGAAGUCGGGAAAAGACGCCGCUUUCGGAGCGAGGAGCUGAGGAAGAGGGAGAGCGAGCGCGAGAGGGCGGCGGCGGCGAUGGAGAGGAGGAGGAGGAGGAGGAGGAGUUCGAGUUCACGUUCGCCUGCGCGAACCCGGAAGGCUCGCCGGUCGCGGCGGACGCCGUCUUCGAGAACGGUAAGAUCCGGCCCGUCUACCCUUUCUUCGACCGGAAGCUCCUGUUCGCCGAUGGCGGUGGAGGCGACGGGGGCUCGUCGACGCCGCCGCCGCAGCUGCGGUCGCCCCUGAGGAAGCUCUUCGUGGAGGGGCGCGGCUCGGCGUCGACGUCGUCGUCGUCGAGCAGCGAGGAGGGCGACGAGCUGGAGGGGGUGCCGGAGGGGACGUACUGCGUAUGGCGGGGGAAGUCCAGCGAGGAGGGGGCGGAGGCGUCGCCGGAGGGGUGCCGGAAGAGCAACUCGACGGGGUUCUCGAAGCUGUGGCGGCUCAAGGAGCUGGGGCGCCGGAGCAGCAGCGACGGGAAGGACGCGUUCGUGUUUCUGAACCCCAGGAGGAGAGGGAAGGGGGAGGUCGAGAAGGAGGGACGGAAGGCGGCUUCGGCGACCACCUCGAAGGGAGGGAAGAAGGGCCGGGCGGCGGCGACGGCGGAGGAGGCGCACGAGAAGCACUACGUGAUGGCGAGGGCGGCGAAGGAAGGGGAGAAGAGGAAGUCGUAUCUGCCGUACAAGCAGGUCGGUUUCUUCACUAACGUCAAUGGGAUGAGCCGGAAUGUUCAUCCUUUCUAGUUUUUUUUUUUUUUCCAUUGUUCUUCUUUUUGGGGGUUUUUCUUGGCAGAUUUUUAUUUAUUUAUUUAUUUAUUUUCCACCUUUUGUCAAGGCAAUUUUCCCAGAUAAGCGAUUAGAUAUGUUGAUUUAUGCGAAUUUGUAAAUAUUACCAGCUCAAGAGUUUGGGAUUUAGAUAUAAUGAGGUUUCUUGCUGCUUUU